CGCAGUGGAACAAACACACACUUAGGCGCACUAAGUGUGACCACUAUAUGGAAACUAUAUCAUCGGGACGGAAUGUUACUACUAUGAAAAUGUAACAGGUAGUAUAAUGCCUAGUGCUGAUCAAUCGGACAAAGAUACGUAAGACUGUAAAAAUGAUGGAAGGCAUACCAGCAUCAAAAUUGAGCGUAAUAGAGAUACGUUCAACGAAAUACAUGUAUGCCAGGUUUCGUAGUCGAUUAACAAGGAAGUAAACGGCGUUAAUCAUUAAUUACUCUUGCCGACGCGGCAAUUGUGUAUUAGACUACUCACUCCCUCAUUUUUAGACGGAUCGCAACACCCUACAUCAUAUCUGUUCAGAAAAAAAAAAAAACGAAAAUCGAUCAUUUUUUUGUGUGCGGCACGAUUCUUUUGAACUAGUAAAUUGACGCCUAUGGUGGAAUAUUCAUGUGGUCUUCAAUUUACUGCCAGCUGCUAGCGAGCUAUGCACGCCGUCAACUAGCUUAGCUUCAAUAGAAAUAAGACGGAAAGCUAGUCAAAUGCUCGUUUGCAAGGAAUACUUUCCCAUGCCGAAUGUUGCUCGUUAGCAAAAGGUAGGCUAAAAUAUAUGCCCAGUGAUUCCGAGUCAGCCAACCUGUUCAUUGAUAAUCCAGGCAGCUCAUAACUAAUACCCUUAUGAGACGCCUCCAACGGUAACAAGCUUGCUUGUCACGGUUGGAGGCGUUUUUUCCCUAUCGAGUUUUUUGUGCUAUCGAAAAUGUGUAGGUGACAAGUUAUCAAAUUGUCAACAACGAGAUCAGUGUGCCGCAACGUAUUACAUAUGACGCCAGACUAGCCGACUGACACUUGCGAAAGGCUGAGCGGCACACUGAUACCUCAUGACCGUACCAGUGGCUUCUUUUUGCGAUGAGGCACGUCACUGCUCUGUUUGGCGACAGAAGGCUUUGUUGCUCGUGCAGCUGCAGAUGCUGUUGUAGCCACUGCUAGUGAACCUCCAGUCAACGGACGGCAGAUGCUGUGCGGCUGGUGGUACAAAGGCGACUUUAACGCGCGGAAGCGCCGAUCACGGCAACAACGGUGCAUAAUUUCGAAAAGUCGUCACUAAAGCGAUGCCAAAUUCUGCUUGACCGUUUGUUUCCGUCAAUUGACAGCCAACGAAGAGGAGAAAUCAGCAAGCGAAAUAUCUCAGUGAGAGCUUUGAGGGUCAGAUAGGGCACCGAUGGAAACGGAGCGUCUGUCAGGCGAUCCUGGGAGGCUUAUGAAUGCCGGUCGAUGCUACAAUGGCGAAGUGUUAGUUCGAUGGAACAGCCGUCAAAGUUUAAAAUCCACAGAAAUAAUUCGUCGGAAAAGAAGAUUCAAGAGCCAAGUGAGAGAGCGACGCCUUUACAACGGGGUCGUGGCAUCGGUGGCGCUUCUGUUAGCUUUGGUCGCCGUUUGUGUUCCCGUAUAUUUUGCCGUACUGAGGAGAUAUUUAAGUGAGAUCGACUUCACCCCUCUGGGGGAGCGGAAACUCCGCGCACCGUGGCGCAAAUCUUGUCCGAAGUCGUUCUUUGAGGACUUCCGACGUUUUGAUUGUUUUCCGGAACGCCGAAAUGGACAGGGCGUUAACAAACAACAAUGCCUCGCACGAGGAUGCUGCUACAGAGAGUCUACCAAUAGUAGGGUUCCUUCCUGUUUCCUUCCUCUAAACAAGGGCUACAGGCAUUAUUCGGGUCCUACGUCGGUUUGUACACGCGGCUACGAAUUUAUUCUCGACAAGGACGAAUCGCCUAUACGUUUCGGAGAUGAGGCAGCUUUCGUAGCCCUUCGGAUCGAACAUCAAACACCAUAUAGACUUCGAAUAAAGAUUUCUAAUUCACAAGAAGAAAGCUAUGAAGUUCCGCAUCCUAUUAUACCGGUCCAUCAACAGAACUAUAAUUCGACAAUGGACGCUUACGCCGUUACAUACAAUAAAGUGUUUCCCUACAAUGGCAAACAGGAUAUUCUAAUUCGUCGUUCAGCUACUGGAACAACGCUGUUUGAUACGACAGCUGGGGCAUUAAUAUUUUCUAGUCAAUUUAUUGAGAUAACUACACUACUUCCCUCAUAUAACGUGUAUGGUUUGGGCGAGCAUAUGAAGGCAACCCUGAAACUUGACCUCAAUUAUCGGACCUAUCCGAUCUUCAAUGCCGAAACUUACCCCCCCAAUGGCAUCCAGGGAAAUCGGCAUGGUUCCCAUCCAUUCUAUCUCGUGAUCGAAAAUGAUGGAAAUGCCCAUGGUGUCCUUUUACUUAACAGCAAUCCCAUGGAGAUUCACGCUCAGCCGGCGCCCUCGCUAACAUUUCGUGCAAUCGGUGGAAUAUUAGACUUUUACAUCUUUAUGGGUCCUUCGCCUGAGGAAGUACUACAACAAUAUCACACAGCUAUCGGUCGACCUUUUCUGCCAUCGUAUUGGGCACUCGGUUAUCAUGUUGGACGGUGGGGAUUCAAGAGUAGCUACUACGUCCAAACGAUGCAGGAGGGAAUGCGAAAGCACCUGAUCCCGCAUGAUGGAAUUUCCAUCGAUCUUGAUGUACGACAAAUGCACCAGAGCUUCGAUGUUGACACAAAUGGUAGCUAUAGCGACCUGCCAACCAUUUUAACGGAUCUUCGUAAGAGGCACUAUCGCGUUCUUGCGACAAUGGAAGCCGCUAUAUCGACAAAACACUCCUCGUUUGGACGGGCCCUCAAGAAGCAUCUACUGGUUCAGGACUCAUUCAAGGGCGCUGUGAAAGGUCUUUCCUGGGCAGGAGAGGUGGCUUAUCCUAACUUUUUAGAUGAAGCAGCUUCAAAAUGGCUCGCUGACGAACUUGAGGUUUAUCGAGCAAAAUUGCCCUUUGACGGAAUAUUUCUGACAAACAAUGAACCUGUAGACUUCACGAACAAAUCAUUUGUUGAAACUGAAUGUAUCCACGACAAUCUCAACUUCCCACAUUACAAACCUGCUACAAGAGGUACCUUUCUAUUUGAUGGGACUCUCUGUAUGGAUGCAAAACUCCAUCGAAAAGGAGCUCUCUUUAAACAUUACAACGUCCAUAAUCUGUACGGCCAUUUCAGCGCGAUGGUUUAUCACGACGCCUUGAAGACUGUCCUGCAAGGCAUGCGGCCAUUAGUCGUAUCUCGUAGCACGGCUGUAGGUACGGGUCGCUUCGCAGGCCACUGGUUCGAUGAAAUGGACAGUGCUUCCUGGAGGGAUAUGAGGUGGACGUUGCGUGGUGCGCUGGACAUGAACGUUUUUGGCAUUCCCCUAGUAGGUGGGGACGUUUGUGGCCAUUUUGAGGAUGCUCCACAGGAACUUUGUUAUCGCUGGACGCAGCUAGGCGCCAUGUUGCCGCUAAUGCGGAACCACAAUGCCGAUGAAGCCGCGCCUCAGGAUCCACCAACCUUUGGAGCCGAUUUUGCUAAGGCAGCUCGAGAGAUCGUACGACUUCGCUAUCAGCUAUUGCCGUUCUUGUACACACUCUUCUACAAAAGUCACGCGUUCGGGGGAACUGUUAUUCGUCCGCUGGCUUUCAACUUUCCCGAUGACCGUCUCUCGUUGAAGACCGAGGAGCAACUUAUGUGGGGCGAAGCACUCAUGUUCAGCCCUGCACUUUACCUGUACCAGGUAUCGAAAGAGGUGUAUUUCCCACCGGGACGGUGGUACGAUUUUUUCAGUGGGGAGCGUAUGCUUGCCAGCGGUUCCGCUCUCCAAAUUCCCGUUCCACUAUAUUCAGUGGAGCGUCCGCUUGUGGCCCACGUUAGAGGAGGACACGUAAUCGCUACCCAGAGCCCCGGGCUUAAUACUCCGCUUAGUCGCAAAAACCCUCUUUUGCUUGUCGUAGCGUUGAACGAAACCUAUGGGUCAGAAGGACAACUAUAUUGGGAUGACGGUGAAACUUACGAUUCGUACGAAAAAGGAGACUACAUAGUAAUGAGGAUCGUCGCCAAUAAGUCGUCGUUGUCUCUAAUCGUGGUCUCUGGAAAAUGCCACUUGUUUGCCCCAUUCUACAACCUCAUCAUCGAGCGAAUCCGUCUAUUUGGAAUGUGGAAAAAGCCCUCUAAGGUUUUGAUUGAUGGAAAGUACGCGCUGUUCCCGUCACAAAUUCACUGGAUGUACCGACAGAAUAUAAUGGAACUCAGCCGCUUGCUCGUGCCGCUUUCUCGAAAUAGCUCCAUCGUUUGGAAAUUCGACGAAUAGAACCAAUUAGAAAAGUAAUUGAGAACAAAUAAAAGUUCUUAGCUUCGGCCCUGAACAAAGUCGCCUUGUAAUCUAUUUAACAAAGCGCUUG